ACUAGGCUUCAGAGAAUUAAAAUUAGAUGCCUGAAUUAACUUACCACUUAUUAUUCUCUCCCCCCCACUUUUAUUUAACUUCCUUUUAUAAUAAUAUUACUGGUGUUUGAUGUGUCUGCAGAAAGAACAUGCCCCAGAAAAGCUUCAUGAUGUACAUCCUGGAAGCAUAAGUCAAGAUGCAGAUGUUCCAGUUUUUCAGAAGACAAAAAUGGUUAUAGCAGAAAAAUGGAAAAGCGGCAACAAUAAAGCAUUUCAUUCCACGCUCAACUCAAAAAUGCCAUAUGCUACUAAGGAAGAUGAAACUGCAAUUAUUCUUGAAAAUCAAGAAAUCUUACCAGAAGUUUCCAAGUUUGCAGGCAGAGAACUGAUAUAUUUUGAUCUCCCUAAAUCUCCACAUAAUUCAUGUGGGCCAUUCAAUCAGACACAACUUGAACCACAGGAAAAUGAAGAAGAUGUUAAAGAUUGGACAGAAGUAAGAAAAUUGUAUUUAUCAGAAAAGCCACCUUCUGCAUUAAGAAAUAACCCAAAGUAUGCUAUGAAUCAUGAGGCUGAGAAGUCCUCCGUAUCAUAUAUAUGUAGACUAACACCAAGAUCAUCAAAUGAAAACAGAAUUGUAGAUCAAGAUCCUUUGGUUUUUCCUGACACAAAAAUCAAAGAUCUCUUGAAAGCAAUGAAUGAGAACCUUUUAGCUCCAAAGUGGCAACAUCAAGAAAGAGGGAGUUCUGCUUUUCUGGUUAUGGAAACAGCACAACAGUCACCUUUACCAAGAUUGAAACAAGGUGCUACAAAGGAUCCCAUUAUAAAAAAGAUCUCAUGGUUGGGACGAUCACAGCAGGAGUCCACUGGCUCACCUUUUUUUGUUAGUGUUUCAAGACCACCAGUUUUACCAGUGACACAGGAACAUACUAUUAUGGUAAGAAGUUUGCAGCAACCUAAAGAAAAGUCCAAUGACUUUUUGAAAAAUGGUAUAAUUAAAAGAAAUGUUCAACUCAAAUACACACCUAAGGAUGCAGACUUAAAUCUUCCCAUAUUAUCCCCACCAUCCCAAAUAACAUCAGGGAAAAAGUCUGAGAUUUUAAGGUUAGAUUUUGCAUAAACAAAAUUAUUACAAAAAAGUACACUGAUUGGAAAACAAUGUACAAGCCAUUA